AUGGCUAGAACCAAAAGUAGGAAGCGUUCCGGAAAUAACCAAAAUAAGAAUGCGUCUGUGGUAAAUAAUAAGGCUGAGAUCGCCGCCAUGAUUGAUGCAAGAAGGCUUGAGCAAAAGAAAAAGGGUGGGGUGACUAACAGCAAAGGAAAGACGAAUAAGGUAGUGGAUGCGAAGUUAGAAAAAGAGUUCAAAGACGUUUUACAACGAUUUCAAGUGCAAGAGAAUGAUACGCCGAAGGAAAUCACGAAAGAUGAAAAGAACAAUCAUGUCGUUAUUGUUGAGAAAAACCCAGUUAUGAACAGAAAGCAUACAGCAGAAGAUGAAUUGGAGGAUACACCCUCGGAUGGUAUUGAGGAGCAUCUAUCGGCAAGAAAACGUAGGAAGACUGAAAAACCUUCACUUUCGCAGUUAAAAAGCCAGGUACCGUAUCCUCAAAUUAUAGAAUGGUACGAUUGUGACGCAAGAUAUCCAGGCUUACUAGCGUCAAUUAAGUGCACCAAAAAUGUCAUUCCUGUUCCAAGCCACUGGCAGUCCAAGAAGGAAUAUCUAUCUGGCCGUUCUCUGUUAGGUAAAAGACCUUUUGAACUUCCUGACAUUAUCAAGAAGACAAAUAUAGAACAAAUGAGAUCGACGCUUCCGCAAAGCGGACUGGAUGGUCAAGAUGAAAAGUCACUAAAGGAGGCCUCAAGAGCAAGAGUGCAGCCGAAAAUGGGCGCCUUGGAUUUGGAUUACAAGAAGUUACACGAUGUGUUUUUCAAGAUAGGAGCCAACUGGAAACCUGACCAUUUGUUAUGCUUCGGUGACGUCUAUUAUGAAAAUAGGAAUCUUUUCGAGGAAACGAACUGGAAAAGAAUGGUUGAUCAUAAGAGACCGGGGAGAAUUAGCCAAGAGCUUCGUGCCAUAAUGAAUUUACCCGAAGGUCAACUACCACCAUGGUGUAUGAAGAUGAAAGACAUUGGAUUACCUACGGGAUAUCCUGAUCUGAAAAUUGCCGGCUUGAAUUGGGAUAUAACGAAUUUAAAAGGCGACGUUUACGGAAAAAUAAUCCCUAAUCACCAUUCAAGGUCCAAGAAACAGGGUAGAAACUAUUUUGGCGCAUUGAUCUCAUUUGAAACCCCUGAAUUUGAAAAUUCAAAAGAGGAUACACAGGCGAAUGCGGAAAAUGGGCGCCAAGAUGACAAAAUCGAUGAUGAAGUAGAGCAUAAGUUAGAUCACUUCCAGGAAGACAUAUCCGAAGUGACAAGCGCAGAAGAAAAACUUGAGAGAAACGAAGAGGAAUCGGAGAAGCAACUAUAUACUGUAUUGAAAUAA